GAGCUCGUUCCGAGAGACGGUGGCUUGCUCUGGCCGGCUACAAUGGCAAAGCUGUAAAUAUGCAGCAAAGUCCUGCCCCUGCGAGAAAACGAGAAAAGGGGAGAGAUGAGGCUCCUGGAGUUCGUCUCCUGCGGCCACCGCACGGUGCUGCCCGAGGACUCUCCGCCGAGUCGGCGAAGGAUGAAGGAAGCGCCGCUGCCAAGCCCACGGCUGACGGAGGAGACGGCGGCACCGCCGCUGUCCCUGACGACUUGCGCUUAUGCUGAGAAGCGCCGGCGGAGGUCGGCAUCGCCAUGGCGGCCGUCGCUCGUCGCGAUCGCCGAGGACGGCACGCCGACGGCGACGGCGGGGGUCGCUGCGAACGGUGCGGGUCGGGGCGGUGGAUCGCGGAUGUCGAAGGCCAAAUCGACAGGGAGGGUUCUCGCUCGCACGCAACGAGACGACUUCCAGCACUAUGGAGUUCCCACGGUCCUGCCUACGUUUUCUCCCACUGCCUUCUUAUUCUGAAGCUCUCCGUGUGAAGAAUUAGAAGCAAAAUGUCUCAUGCUUUGUUGAUGUAAAUGGAAAAUUGUGGUUAAUGUGUUGUUUUUUUUUUUUAAAUGUGUUGCUUUUCAAUAAUGCAAAUUUGUGGUGCUUCUGUGCAUAAUUCAAUCGUUUUAUAAGUCUA